AUGCAUGUCUCCUUAUACUAUACCAAGAUUAAGACCUUAUGGGAUCAAUAUGAUUCCCUGGUUGCAAUUGAAGCCUGCAUCUGCAGGGCUGGGAAGUCUUUGCUUGAACGUGUUGAGCGUGAUAGAGAAAUUGAAUUUCUCCAAGGUCUUCAUGAUCGAUUCUCGAAUUUAAGAAGCCAGAUUCUGACAAUGGAUCCAUUCCCAAAUGCUUUGAGGAUUUUUAACUUGGUACAACAAGAGGAGGAGCAACAGAAUAUCACUGCUAGUCCCCUACCAACUGUUGAAUCUACAUCACUCAACAUCAAUGGUCAUGCCCCUCAACAUCCUCGUUCUUCCACUAGUCACAAUAAGCGUCAGCAUGCUCAUUGUGACUACUGCAACCGCCACGGCCAUGUUUGUGACAAGUGUUAUCGUUUGCAUGGAUUUCCAUCUACACCCGGCAACCCACCAACUACUGCUAAUACAACAAUCGUGACUCAAGAAAAUCAAGUCGCGCAACCACAAGUUCCUUCUCUCUCAGCUGAACAAUACUCCCGUCUCAUUGUUCUCCUUGUUGGGACAAUUGGAUGCUCUGAUACCAAUUUUCCCAACAAUUGGUAUCAGAGCUAUAGGUUGGGUAGAAGAUUUGAAGAGAAAGUUUUGGAUUUUCUGGUUGGAAGAAAUUUUGAAGACGAAGGAUUUGGUUUCAUCAAGUAUGUGAGGAUUUGA